UAUCUCGAUUCACUUUUCUCGUUCAAAGCCUUUGGGCUACUCUAAUAAGGAAGCAAAUCAUCCCUCAUUUCUCGUGUAUUUACAAUCAUUGGAAUCAUCUUCUCUCUCUCUCUCUCUCUCUCUCUCUCUCUUCAUAUUUCUCGUUUUAUUAAAAAAGAUAAAAAAGACAGAAAAGAAAAAGGGCGGAGAGAGAUGACAGAUGAAACCGUCGCUUUUUCACGCUUUAUCAGAAGUCGAGAGAAGAAAGAAUCUGAUGAUUCUUGUGCCUGCGCUGUUGACCGCCGUUCUCGUUGAAGGCCGUGACCAAAAGAGAGAAAGAUAGAGGAUUUUGGAUUCAGAUCCUUUUGAGAGAGAGAGAGAGAGAGAGAGAGAGAGAGAGAGAGAGAGAGAGAGAGAGAGAGAGAGAGAGAGAGAGAGAGAUGACGUUGAUUGGUGGGGGUGGUGAGGAGAUGGAGAAGGAUUUCGAUUCCAAGCUGCAGUUGCAAGAGAGCGAGAACAACAGCAGCAUCCAACGGUCGAAGAGCAUCAACUUCAGAGCUCCUCAGGAGCAAUUCUCCAUCCAAGACUUUGAUUUGGGGAAGAUCUACGGUGUCGGAUCCUAUUCCAAGGUUGUGAGGGCAAAGAAGAAAGACACAGGAAAUGUAUAUGCUUUGAAGAUCAUGGAUAAAAAGUUCAUCACCAAAGAAAAUAAAAUAUCGUAUGUGAAGCUGGAACGUAUUGUACUUGAUCAGCUGGAUCAUCCUGGCAUUAUCAGGCUAUUUUUCACAUUUCAAGACACCUAUUCUCUCUACAUGGCCCUUGAGUCUUGUGAAGGUGGAGAACUCUUUGACCAAAUAACCAGGAAAGGUCGUCUAUCAGAGGCUGAGGCUCGUUUCUAUGCCGCAGAAGUUGUCGAUGCACUGGAAUACAUUCACGGAGUUGGAUUAAUUCAUCGGGACAUUAAGCCAGAGAACUUGCUACUUACUGCAGAAGGUCAUAUUAAAAUUGCUGAUUUUGGUAGUGUAAAACCAAUGAAGGAUAGCCAAAUUACCAUCCUUCCAACUGCCACAAAUGAGAAGGCUUGCACAUUUGUGGGAACUGCCGCAUACGUCCCUCCAGAAGUCCUUAAUUCUUCUCCUGCAACUUUCGGAAAUGACCUUUGGGCAGUUGGCUGCACCUUAUAUCAGAUGCUUUCAGGAACUUCUCCCUUCAAAGAUGCAAGUGAAUGGCUCAUUUUCCAACGAAUUAUAGCCAGGGACCUUAGAUUUCCAGAUUACUUCUCAGAUGAAGCAAGAGACCUUAUUGAUAAGUUAUUGGAUACAGAUCCCAACAAAAGACCAGGUGCUGGACCUGAUGGUUAUGCUGUCAUCAAGAUGCAUCCCUUCUUUAAGGGAGUUGACUGGAAAAAUUUAAGGGCGUCACCAGCACCGGCACCGAGUCUUGCGGUUGAGUCAAAUGCAGCAGAGGAUGAUGUUCAGGAUUCCGAGUGGAACCUCUCGCAUGUUGGUGAUGGUUCUACCCAACAAAAUGAUGGAUGCAGUGGCGCCACAUCAUCUUCUGAAUCAUCUUCUCAUAUGAGUAGGCUUGCUUCAAUUGAUUCCUUUGAUUCUAGAUGGCAGCAGUUUCUGGACCCUGGGGAGUCUGUUGUGAUGAUCUCAAUGGUAAAGAAAAUACAGAAGCUAGCUAACAAGAAAGUGCAGCUCAUCCUCACAGACAAGCCCAAGUUGAUAUAUGUUGAUCCUUCCAAGCUGAUGGCCAAGGGAAACAUAAUCUGGUCCAAUGAUCCCAACGAGCUCAGCAUCCAAGUCGCUAAUUCUUCACAUUUCAAGAUUUGCACCCCAAAGAAGGUGAUGGCAUUUGAAGAUGCAAAACAGCGUGCAUGGCAAUGGAAGAAGGUGAUCGAGGGCCUUCAGAACCGGUGAACUCAGCUCAGGGUUUUUUUUUUUAAUUUAAAAAAACCUGAGUCAUAUUUCAUCUCGUGAGUUGUGGAGGGUACUUGAUGAUCCUAAAGGAUCAGAUGUUCCAAUGGAAGCAAUAUCCAGUGGGAAGAGAGUAAGGCUGCUGUUGUGGCAUGUUCAGGGUUGCACUCGGUGCACGUCAGACCACCUUGGCAAUGCUUUGAAAUGGAGAGUGAGCGAUAAAGAGGUGCUUUGUUCUAUCUUCAUGAGCUGUUUGAAAAACCACCAAGGUGUAGCUGUGAAAAUUUUCUCAUUAUUGAUUAGCUUAUCGUUGUAAUGCAGAAAUCAUGCGAUUCACCCUGGGAUGGUCAUGAGAUAGAUAAAGCACUAGGUUUUCGUCUGCUGUCUUGAAUGACUAGGAUGAAAAAAGAGCAUUGCCAUGUUGUUUGCUAUACGUAAGCAAUAGUGAUGGGUCAUUCCUCUUGUGGAACUGAAUAGCAGUUAAUCUCGGUUGUUUAACCGGUGGUUUC